AUGACUGAUGUUUCGGAGAGGUUCUUCAAUCUUUACACCAAAUUCGUGUCUGAAUCUGAGCAAGAUAAAGAACUAAACACGUGCAACUCAACGAUGGUGUCGAUUUCUGGAGCGUAUUCGAUGAUUUCUCGCGAAGAAACUCUUAAACUAUCUCUUGACGAGCGAGACAAAGUCAAAGAGUCCAUGUCAUUGGUAUUAGAAAAGCUAGAUAAACAAAUUUCUUUUGCCAUUUCCAUUUGGGCCGACAAUUUUGAAAGUGAAUUUUACAACUAUAUCCAGCUUCCGGAAGAUAUCAUCUGGGAGUCUUUUUUUCGGCGCGGAGAAGACGAAAAUAGGCUUUCUUUAGCGAUCCAACAAAUAGAUGUCAGACUUUGGCUAUUUGCUUCCGCUCUACAAUCCCUCAUUGUCAAACAUCGCUCGGUGUCUGCCUUUUUCACGCUUGCCGAUUUUCUUCGAGUCAUCCGAGAAGCCGAGCUGAAUGCACCCAAAAUAUUUUUUGAUAAUUUUCGCAAGGAGCUCAAAAGUGCCAGGUUAUCUUCUCCCAAGUAUGCACAGGGACAUAAAAACGCAAGCCUUACAGGUCCGCCAAAAUACAGCAGUGCCAAUGUCCCUGAAGGUUCCUUGCAAAACGAUGAAAGCAUUACUGAGAGGAGUCCAUCUAUUUUGGCGAACGCACAAGCUUUGACUUAUGAAAAGUCGUUUGAUAUACACCAGGAAGAGAUAUCUACGAUAAAGGCUACUCAAAGACAAUUAGAAGCCAUAGCGGCCCUUCAAUCGAUGCUUGGUCAGCACUUGGAGGUGCAAUCUAUUGCAGUUGACGCCAUUUUUGACGAGGCACACUUGUCUUUGAAUGACAUUGGACGGGGCCUUGACUGUUUACAACAAGCAAGCGCAAACCCAGAAGGACCCUUUAAGAUUGGGGCCAUCUUUCUGAUUUGCCUCUCUAUAUCCCUCCUACUAUUUGAUUUCAUUAAGUAG